AUGGCUGCCAACGACUAUUACCAGAACAAACCGCUACCCCCUCCAGGAGCUUCUCCCUCGCCUGCUCCCUAUUACGGCGGUGCUGCCUACAACAACAUUCCCUCAACCAGUUCAACACCCGCUCCUCCCUACAGCUCAAUAACGCCUGCGCCCGGCGCCAGCCAACCACCACCACCGCGCGCCAACACUGUAUCCCCCUUCGAAAGCGUCUUUGACGAUCAUGUCUAUCCCGUAGACUCAACACAGGACGGAUUUCGCCACAACGGAAACACACAGAGCCCUCAUCCUCAGAGCACGAACAACAUGCAACCCCAGCGCAUGAACACGAUGAAUACAGUAAACACCGCCUACUCGGGCCACGGUCAGACGGCCUACAACAGCCACGAUCCCCACCAGCAGAAUCCUUAUGCUCAGCCGGACACUGCCUACUACGGUCAUUCCACUUCUCCAGACUCGAGCAGACAAAAUGUGGCCGACGAGAUUCCCUUGCAAAGCCGGCAGCCGACGCAGCCGCACAAGGAUGUGGAGAUGAACGAGAAUGACCAUGUCUACGACGCACCUGCGGGAUCUCGCCGCUCAAAGAGUCGCCGCGACAAGAACAAGGUUGGAUUUGGUCAGCUGGGCAUGUUUGGCGCCGACAGAAAGGGUAUUCCAUGGGUCGUUUACAUUUUCACGUUGGUUCAGGUUGCAGUGUUCAUCGCUGAGAUUGUGAAGAACGCUCAACUCACCGGUUCUCCCAUCAUGACCAAGCCCUCAUUCAACCCCAUGAUUGGACCUUCCACCUACGUUAUGAUCAACAUGGGUGCUCGCUACGUAGCUUGCAUGCACAACGUCAAGGGUAUCCAGGAUCUCGGCCAGCCCAUCACAUGGCCUUGCCCGAACUCGACCUCGAGCGACGCCAGCAACCCCUCGAACCAGUGCGGCCUCGGCGAUUUAUGCGGCUUCGGAGGUGUGCCGGAGCCUACCUACACCGACAUCAACCAGUCACCGGAACCCAACCAGUGGUUCCGCUUCAUCACACCCAUUUUCCUGCACGCAGGUCUCAUCCAUAUCGGCUUCAACCUGCUUCUGCAAAUGACGAUAGGAAAGGAGAUGGAGAUAGCCAUCGGCUCCAUUCGCUUCUUCUUGGUCUAUGUGAGCGCAGGCAUAUUCGGCAACGUCAUGGGAGCAAACUACGCCGGUGUUAUGGCUGCAUCCACAGGUGCUUCAGGUGCCCUUUUCGGCGUCAUCGCUCUCACCCUGCUCGAUCUCCUGUACUCCUGGAAGGACCGUCGCAGCCCUGUGAAAGACCUGAUGUUCAUCAUGUUGGAUGUAGUCAUCUCUUUCGUACUGGGUCUGCUGCCAGGACUCGACAACUUUGCCCAUAUCGGUGGCUUCCUAAUGGGUCUUGCGCUGGGCAUCUGCGUCUUGCAUUCGCCCAAUUCCUUGAGACGGAGACUUGGCGCUGAGGAUCCAUCAUACGCAUCCAUGCAUCUCACUCCCAACCAGGGUGGCCCACCGCCGUUCUUGAAGAAUCCCAUCGGUUUCUUCAAGGGCAGGAAGCCACUCUGGUGGGCAUGGUGGUUGGUCAGAGCCGGCUUCUUGCUGACGGUCAUCAUUGUCUUCAUCGUCCUACUCAAUAACUUCUACAUCUACCACAACACUUGCAGUUGGUGCAAGUACCUCAGUUGUAUUCCUGUAAACAACUGGUGCGAGCUUGACAACUUCAAGAUCACUUCAUCAUGA